GGAGCCGCGCUUCAGCCGGGGGCCCCCGCCAAGCCUGGCCCCCAGGCACCUUCCGGCUGAUUUACGGGAAGCCUCUAUGGCCUCCCGCCCUCCUUAAUCUUUAACCAGGCAGGCCUGGCUCCGGCCAGUUACCCCCUGCGGCCGGCCGGACUCUUGGGGAGCGACUAGACGGGCACCAGGUUGCUCACCAUGAAGCUCUGCCUGCUGCUGGUGUGCCUGGUGGCCACGGUCACAGCCACUGUCACCCCGGUGUCCAUGCCGGAUACCACUCCUUCCAGAAGGAUGAAGCUAAUCAGACUGCAGCCAGCACGCAUGGUGAUCCUACGUCCCACCACAAGCCCAUCAGGGGACACAGGGACACCAACCCAGCCUGUGUCCAGUUCCACGUCGGAACCCAGCCUGGAUGCUGUGUUGGAGGCCUUGCAGCCUCUGGGCCCUGCGGAAUUUGUGGCAGCACCCGAGGAGCCUGACACUGCUGCCGGCGGGAGCACAACCACAUCUGAGCCUGGGACCACCACGGGUCCCCCCAGCAGCCCUCCAGGCGCAGUCACCCCACCGUGCCCUGGGGACGAAGAGCCAAGUGAGACCUGCAGAGCACCAACGAGGGAGCAGAAGGAGGAGGUGGCCAAGGCACUGGGCACCUUUGCCUUAUGCUUCUACCAGCACAUGGCAGAGUCUGCCAAACCCGACACCAAUCUGCUCUUCUCCCCCCUCAACGUGGCCCUAGGGCUGUCACACCUCCUGCUGGGUGCCCGCGGUGAGACCCAGCAGCGCCUGGCUGCCAUCCUGGGGUACCGGCCAGGGCUGACCUGCGUGCACGGCGCCCUGCGGCAGCUUGCCAACGUGCCAGGGCUGCUCUCUGCCACAGAGAUCUUCCACCACCCAGACCUGCACCUCCGACCCCGCUUCUUGAAUGAGUCAUGGCAAUUCUACAAGGCCAGGCCACGGGAGCUGAGUGGUAACGAGAGCCUGGACUUGCAACGCAUCAAUGAAUGGGUGCACAAGGCCACACGAGGGCUUGUGCCCCAUCUUCUGUCUCAGCUGCCUGAUGAACCUCGCCUAGUGCUGCUCAGUGCUGUCCACUUCCAGGCCCGGUGGCAAAAGCCAUUCAAGACCAAGCAUACGAUGCUGUUGCCUUUCAUGCGCCAUGGGCACCUGCCAGUGGAUGUGCUCACCAUGACCAGCAAGAAGUACCCUGUGGCAUCCUUCACAGACUCCCACCUGCAGGUCCAGGUGGGGCGGCUGGAGCUUAGUGGGGGGCUGAGCUUGGUGGUACUGGUGCCACGGGGACCUCCGGAGGCCCUGGGGGCUGUGGAGCGAGCGCUGGACCCCCCCACCUUCCUGGCACUGCUGCAGAGGGCAUCCAACACCCCCACGCGCCCUACUACCGUGGCCCUGCCACGCCUGCACCUCGACCUCGCCAUGGAUGUGGUGGCCAAUGUGCAUGACAUGGACUUUGGGCUGUUCCUGGAUGCAGAGCUGUGUGGGCUGGCACGGGGCCCAGAGGUGGCAGUGGAUGCAGUGCAACACCGGGCUGUGCUGACGCUGGACGAGAAAGGUGUGGAGGCAGCGGGUGCCAUGGCCACCUCGGUGGCCCGCACGGCUCUGCAGCUAGAGGCUUUGCAGCCCUUCCUCUUCGUGCUCUGGGAUGAAGGCAACGCCAUCCCCCUCUUCAUGGGACGCCUUAGUGACCCCCAGGCCUGAUGCCUGCCCCUUCCUUCACUCCAUUUCUUCCCUCCCUCCUUCUCUUGUCCCUAUCUGCCUUCUCUUCUUCCUCCUUCUACUUCCCUCUCCCUCUUCCCAUUCCUCCCUCCCUGCUUCUCUAUAUCUUCUCACCCUCUCCUCCCCCCUUCCUUCCCUCUUCACUCCAUCUUUCCCUCUUCCAACAACCAUUCAGCCACAUCUUUUUCUCCUUUCUCCCUCCCUCACCUCUGCCCAAAUCCUCCCACACCUCCCAAAUCUUCUGCUUCCAUUGGGUGCUCCUGGCCCCCCAGCAGCUCCUGUGUCUCUGUUUCCUCCAUCAGCUCUUGGUCUGAGGCCCCAAUAAAAGCUCUGAGUCAC